AUGGACACUGUCUUCGCGUGGCUCCAGGGUUCUGGCUCCGAGCUUCCGGAAGUAUACGAUGUUCCCUCUGACGGUACUUCUCGGUACCAGAUUAAGAUCGUCAAGGCGCUCAGUGACAAUUAUAUGUACCUGGUCGUUGCCACGGACUCUGCCCGAGCCGUCGCCAUCGAUCCCGCCGAGGGCGAGAAGACUGCGGCACUGUGCAAGAGUCUAGAGAUCGACCUCGUCGCCGUGCUUAACACGCACUACCACGCAGACCACUCAGGUGGCAACGCCUUUCUUGCGAGCGCACUGCCUGGCCUCGAAGUGGUAGUCGGCGAGCGUGAUGUCGACCGAACUCCAGCAGUUACGCGCCGGGUGCAGGACGGUGAGAGCAUUGAGCUGGCAGGCCUCAGCUUUCGCUGCGUGGCCACACCUUGCCACACUCGCGGCCACGUUUGCUUCUUUUUGGAUGCCGACGACGGUCAGGCACCUGCGCUCUUUUCAGGAGACGCUCUUUUCGUAGCCGGCUGCGGCCGGUUUAUGGAAGGCACUGCGCUGUCGAUGCGCCGGACCUUGCAUGCCUUGGCAGCGCUGCCGAAGAAUUCACGGCUCUUCUGUGGCCACGAGUACACGGUCGGGAACCUGGAGUACGCUCUGUCCCUGGAGCCCUCCAGCAACCUCUUGAAAGACCGCUUAGACGCAGCGAAGGCCAAGCGGGCAGAAGGCUUGCCUACAGUACCGUCCACACUGUUGGAGGAGCAAGAGCACAAUCCCUUCUUCCUUGCCUUGAACUCCGAGGGUGUCGAUGACCUCACUGAAUUGAGCAGGUUGCGUCGUGGAAAAGACACCUUCACAUUUCCAGGGAAGAUCAUCACGAUGGUUCUGGAUGUGCAAAGUUACUUCUACCCUCCCGUUGACGAGGAGAUUCCCUGA